AUGUCAAGGACUUAAAAUGACGAUGAUAGACCUGCAAUUCCUUUGCCCUAGGCUACUGAUUAAAAGAGGCAAGAAAAACUAGCAUAUGAUAGAUAGAUGGCUAAAAUUACCUUGCUAAAAUAAGCAGAGUAGAAAAAUUUACAUCUUGCUAAAUUAUAUGAGAUGGCAGCAGAGAAUAUAGAGAAUGGAAUUUAAGUGAAGAAAGAAUUGUAAGAGCUAGCGGAUGAGGCUAAAUAAAUAAAGGAUGAAACUAUGAAAAAAAGAAAGCAGCAAAUUGAAUAAAUAAAAAAAAGUGAGUAGGAUUUUAUACAAAAAAGGAAGUUAGCGUAGAAAUUGGGAGACUCAAUGAAAUAAUCAUAAGUAAAAGAGUACAAGAGUACAAUGAAAAUGUCAUUAAGUAGAACGAGGGAUUGCAUACUUCAGGAGAACCAAAAGAUUAGGGAAGUAUUGUAUUAGGAAGAAAAGGAGAGGAAGAAAAAGAAGGAGGAGACCAAGAAAUUGGAAGAGAUGAAAUCUUAAUAAUUUUAUAAGGAGAGAGUUUCUUAUGAGAAAAUGAUUGAGGAGAAACUAAAGAAGACAAGGGAGAAAUUAUUGAAGGAUGAGGAGGAUUUGAAAGUCCGUUUAAAGUAAACUUAAGAUAUGCUGAGUAGAUCUCAAAACAAGUUUAUGGAACUUCAAUCUUGGAGUGGACAGAAGAGAUGA